AUGUCCUCCCUCACCACCCAAGAAUCCUCAAACACCCAGCCCCCAAACCCAGCCAACCCCGGCUCCUCACAAAAAGACACUUCCAAAGGCGACCCCAGCGUACCAUUCAAAACGGGCGUUUCAACAACUCCCUCUGGCUUGAGUAACUCGGUCGAUAAGACCUCCUACGGCCAACAAAACACAUGCGGUACUUCGGAGCAGCGCCGCGGAGAGGACAUUACACAGAAUACGAGACAAGAGUAUGAGGGAACGGGUAGUUUGGGCAUGAAGACGGGAAGUGAGAGUUUGAUUGAUAGUGUGGAGAGGAGUGUGCGUGGAGGUGAUGGGGAGGGGGGAGGGAGAGUGUGA